CUCAACUCAAACAACAUCCUUCAAUCUCUCUCUUUUUGCCCUACGUUGUAGGGUUUAAGCAUCCUUUCUUCUAAAUCAAGUUUCUGAUGCAUUCAAGUUUUCAAAGGGUAUACUUGGUCUGUGUUUUCCUUGUGUUUUGUCUUGUUGGUUUUUGCGUUUUUGGUGCUGGCGGCUUCUUUGAGAUUCAGCCAUGCCUGCUCUUGUUAAUUUCGGUGGUGAUGAUGAUUUCUAUUCUGGGAGUUCUUUCUAUACAAAUUCCACAGAUUUGGGUAGAUUGUGUUCAAUCAGUUCCCAAGUGGAUGUCUAUUACCCUCCUCAUAAAAGAGCUCGAGUUAGUGCCCCAUUUAUCUUUGGAGAAACUGUGUUUGAGCAGAAUAAGCAACCUUCUAUUGACAUCCUUCCUGAUGAAGUCCUUAUCGAGAUCUUCAAACGCCUUCCUGGGGGCCAAGAAAGGGGCUCAUGUGCUUCUGUCUCAAAGAACUGGCUUAUGCUUCUUAUCAGUAUUCGCAAGGGUGAAUACGAGUCAUCAAAGGCGGUCAAGGAGAAUACCGAUUCAGUUUCUGAUGAUGCUGAGAUGAUCUCAUGCGUUGGAGAUGAGGGUUAUCUUACUAGGUGCUUGGAAGGGAAGAAAGCGACUGACAUGAGGCUUGCUGCGAUUGCUGUUGGAACGAGUGGUCGUGGUGGUCUGGGAAAGCUUUCUAUUAAGGGAAGCAGUUCAUCUUCACGUGGAGUAACCAACUUUGGGCUAUCUGCCAUAGCUCGUGGUUGCCCUUCUCUCAAGGCACUUUCUUUGUGGAACGUGCCUCGUGUUGGGGAUGAAGGUCUGUCCGAGAUAGCUAAAGAUUGCCAUUUGUUGGAGAAGCUUGACCUUUGCCAGUGCCAUUCAGUUUCAAACAAAGGCUUGAUUUCAAUUGCAGGGAACUGUCCUAAUUUGACCUCAUUGAGCCUUGAAUCUUGCCCCAGGAUCAGUAACGAGGGCCUCCAAGCUAUCGGAAAGCUUUGCCCUAAGCUGCAGUCCAUCUCUAUUAAGGAUUGCCCACUUGUUGGUGAUCAUGGGUUUUCAAGCCUGUUGUCAUCGACAUCUGCUGUCCUCUCAAAGGUUAAGUUUCAAGGUUUGAACAUCACAGACUUCUCUCUCGCCGUGAUUGGGCAUUAUGGCAAGUCGGUGACAAAUCUAACGCUUAGCGGACUACAAAAUGUGAGUGAGAAGGGAUUCUGGGUCAUGGGGAAUGCUCAAGGCUUGCAAAAAUUGGUCUCUUUGAUAAUUACAUCUUGCCGGGGGGUAACAGAUCUGAGUCUUGAAGCCAUGGGAAAGGGAUGCAUAAACCUGAAGCAUAUGUGCCUUCGGCGAUGUUGCUUUAUUUCAGACAAUGGACUGGUGGCUUUUGCCAGGUCUGCAGGUUCUCUUGAGUGCCUACAAUUGGAGGAAUGUAACAGGGUCACACAAUCCGGGAUUAUUGGUGUCCUCUCAGAUUGUUUGUUAAAAUCUUUGACCAUAGUGAAGUGCCUGGGAAUUAAGGAUAUAUCCUUGGAAGCUCCUUUGUCCUCUUGCAAUUCCCUUAAAUCCUUGUCCGUAAGAAGCUGCCCUGGAUUUGGAACAGCCAGCCUGGCUAUGGUGGGUAAAUUGUGCUCUCAGCUUCAGCAUGUAGAUCUGAGUGGGCUUUGUGGGAUCACGGACGCCGGUCUUCUGCCUCUUCUAAAGAGUUGUGAGGCCGGACUAGUGAAGGUGAAUCUGAGUGGCUGCUUAAAUUUGACGGAUGAAGUAGUUUUGGCCUUGACCAGGCUACAUGGUGGAACCCUUGAGUUGGUCAAUCUCGAUGGUUGCAGGAGAAUUACUGAUGCAAGUUUGGUGGCAAUUGCCCACAACUGUGUUUUCCUCAGCGAUCUGGAUGUAUCAAGGUCGGCAAUCACUGAUUCCGGUAUUGCCGCCUUGUCUCAUGCAGAGCAACUCAAUUUACAGGUCCUUUCUUUUUCAGGUUGUUCCGGAGUAUCAAACAAAAGCUUGCCUUCCCUUAAAAAAUUGGGCAAGACCCUGUUGGGGUUGAAUCUCCAGCACUGCAGUUCAAUCAGCAGUCGAACCAUUGAGCUACUAGUUGAGACCUUGUGGAAAUGUGAAAUCCUUUUCUAAUCAAGGAUACAAGUUGGCUGAGAUCUGCGAACAGCCACGCUUGUAACGUUGAAGAUGAUAGAAACAUUAAAGUCAUAUAGUCACCUCAGACGACCGGGUAGCAAACAUUCAGUGCAGUUUUUGGGUCCGACAAGGUGGUCAUGCCGGGGACUUUGGCAGUUUAGAGAUGGCCUAGCCAUCCCUUCUGUUUUUGCAGGCUCUCCCUAGAGGAGCUAGCCUGUUUUGUAGCUAUGGUUCCCGGUUUUAAGUUUCCACUCAUGAUCACCAACGCUUUCCAUGCCUACCUGGUGUUUUAGCUUCAUCAUGCAUGACUAAAAGAUUUUCUUUUGUUUUCAGUCAUGGAAUUCUGUUUUUUUUUGUCAUAGGGUAUGUGUAUUUGUAUUUCCUGUUGUGUGGUUGCGUUGAACAGUUGUAUGUUUAGGCGGUCGCAGAUUGAUGGGCUUUGCCUAUGGUAUGGCUGAGGUUUAACUCAUACGCCAUUACUACAACCUUUGUUUUGGUUGUUCUUUUCCCCCAAGUCAUCAAUCUUUUAGGCUUCCCCUUGUUUAUGAACUGUACAACUGGCAACUCCAACUAUGAAGUUCUUUAUAUA